GUUUAGUUUAUUGCGCAUUGUGCCGUGUUGUGGACGUACACCUAGUGAUUUUUAUUUAUUGAAUUAUAUUUUCUAAAUUAUAGUAAUUUCCAAACGUUGAUUUUAAUCGUUUAACCUUUAUGUUGAAUUCGAGAAGAUAUAUCUUUACCUUCCCGAUUAUUGUUAUUUGUUUAUAUCAUAAAACGUAUCCUAAUUCGUUAAUAUUAGUCUCAUAUAAUUCUUAUAAUGUUAAUCUAUGUGAAAAUUGCAGUGCAUUAAGAUUAAUAAGUGUGAGCGUUAUAUAGACUAGUUAUCUACUUUUUUCUUGGUGCAAGAUGUUAAAGAAAUAUUCCUUUUAAUUCAAUAAGAAGAGAAAACGCGAAGAUGGGAUCAUUUGUGAAUAAAAACUUGAUAACUUUAAAAUGUGUGCUCUUUUGCUUCUUAGCAGGCAUAGGAUGUAUCUACCCUUUCCUCCCCCUACACAUGCUGUCUGUAGGCCUGGACCGAGGGGAAGCUCGUCUGAUAUCCGCAGUCACGCCAUGCAUCGCGUUAUUGGGUCCAGCACUCUUGGGUCCACUUAUAGAUAAAUUAUCGGUCGGUCGAGGUUCCACUGGAGGAGGGACUGGUCCCAGCGGAUCCGGAAAGCUUCUGAGGAUUGUUACUGCUCUGUGCCUUAUUCUUAGUGCCUUGUUCUAUACCUUGUUACUUACUGUGCCCUAUACCGAAAGACAUGAAGCAAGGAGACCGCGUGUUUUAUUCAUGUGCGACGCUGAAGGCGGCAAAGUGAUGCAAGAAGUUUGUACCGAAGGCAUGCGAUGUAAUAGAUGGGAAGGAGAAAAGUCGGGAGUGCUAGCAGUUGGUGCAUGUGAAUACGGGUGCGCGGAUGAAAACAUGACGUGGGUUAUGCAACCAUUUAAGAAUACCCCAACGACCACCACACUUAGACCACUUUAUAACAGUAUUUUUAAUGCCACGACAUCCACAAACGGUUCAGUAACGGAAGAACCGGAAGACGAAACCGAUUUCGAAAUAAACCCCCCACACCUGUGUUACAAUGGACAAUGUCUCGUGUACAUGCAGCACGCCAAGAGGAUGCGAGUUCCGCUCUCACUUCUAGCUCCCGAAAUGCCUGAUGAUAACUCGACAGAUGAAAGCAAUUGGUGUACUUAUAAGACAAGCGGUCCAUCGAAGUGUAUCGUGCCGCCCGACCGGCUAGAGGAGAUAAGCGAAGGCGGCGACUGCAAGCCGGCCGUGCGCUGCGAAGUGCUCGACCCGUACGACGAGCCGGACGGCGUGCUCGCGGACGCGGAGUGCCGGCUCGUUGUGGGCGACCCCGCUUAUACGUUCUGGAGCUAUUUUGUUAUACGCCUCUUCGCAGACAUAUGGCCAACCGCGGCUUUAGCUCUCCUAAGCGCUGCGUGUGUAAUAGCGACCCGAGAGACGUCAUUAGGCCGCGGCGACGUGGGGAGGCAAUUAGCGUUCGGGACACUCGGCUUGGCGAUAUUCCCGCCCUUGGCUGGCCUGGCGGCGGAUAACAUGCCUGAAACACCUUUUCUAGUGCCGUUCUUGUUGCACGCCUUGUUUAUGCUGAUUGGAGCGCUUAUACUGAUUGUUGACAGCCACAUGCCGCUGUCGACGCCGGAGUGGUGGUGGCACACGGCGACGGGCGUGCUGGCGAUGCCCAUGAACGUGGUGCGGCGCUACGGCGCCGAGACCGCGGCUGUGUUCGCCGUCGUCGCGCUCUUGGGCACGCUGUGGAGCGGUAUCGACGCUUAUUUGCCGUGGACUAUGGUGAAAAUGAACAGCACGAGCUUAUUGGCUGGUUUGACGCUAACAGCGGGCGCUCUGCCAGCCGUACCCGCUUUGUGCUGGGCGGAGGCGCUUGUAGACUAUAUUGGCCACUCUAAUGUGUUUAUUGCUGCCUUUACCUUCUAUUGUUUGAGAUACACGGCCCUGGCGUCCAGCACGGACUAUAAUGUUGUAGUGAUCAGCGAGCUGUUUGAAGUUUUUACCUUGAGCUUGGUGUGGGUUACUGCGGUGUUGUAUUUCCGACACCUCGUACCUAGGAAAUACACGACCACCGGCCAGGCUUUGCCUGUUAUUGCGCACUUCUGUUUAGGUCGGUGCAUCGGAGCGAUAAUAAGCGGCAUGGUGUCCCUGGAGCAGAGCGUAGACUCGAGCAGCCACGUGUACCGCGCGCUGGGCGUGCUGGCGCUGCUGGCCGCCGCGCUCUACCUCGCGCUCUACCACCUGCUGCUCGCGCCGCGCUGCGCCGCGCCCUCCGCGCCGCCGCCCACUCACCUGCUGCAAGGGUUGAAUUCGAACGGAGCUUCAAAUGGCACGUAUUCUCCCAUGAGAGUGUACCACGAGGAGCGAUCACGGAAAGGCCACUUUCGCUAUUAAGUCAUUUACAUAAUAAAAAUAUUAAUUUAAUUGGAUAUAUGUUUGAUAAGUACACUGUUGUGAUAGUGCAACUAUUUCCUUGCAUUUUCUGAUACGAUGAGUUUGACUUGCUAACUUUAUUUUUUAUGCAUUUGUCUUUUUUUAUUUUAAUAAAUUAUACGAUCAAAACGAA